AAGCAACUGCCAGAGAAAGCGCCCUCCCCUCCGAGCUCUGGAAAGCGCUCCAGCUGCAGCGUCCGCCCUCCCGGGUCUCCGAACUCCCUCCCUCUCUCUUUCUCCUCCUCUCUCCCUCUCUCCCUCCCUGCCUACCUCGUCCUACUGCAGCUCCGGCGAGGGCAGAAAGCCAGGAGGGGCAGCUCUGUGCUGGGCGCCGGGGUUAAAGAGAGCGGAGUCCCGGAGGCGGCAGAGUCGGGCUCGCUGCUUCGCGGCUCCUUCCCUCUCCUCCUCCUUUCGGUCCUCCUUUCCCCCAGCCCGCCCUAGAUGAGCUACCCCUCCAGGCGGGCAGAAUGAGGCUGAGCGGCGGCGGCAGGAGCGGCGGCGGGAGCCGGCUGCUCUCCUUGUUGCUCCAAGGAUGUCUGCUGUGGGGCUGGGCGGCGGCGCAGGAUAUCUCCCAGAAAGCCAUCGCCUUCCAAGACUGCCCCGUGGAUCUGUUCUUCGUCCUGGACACUUCGGAGAGCGUGGCCUUGCGGCUGAAGCCCUAUGGGAGCCUCGUGGAUCAAGUGAAGGCCUUCACCAACCAGUUUAUUGACAACUUGGUGGACAGGUACUACCGCUGCGACCGCAACCUCGUGUGGAACGCCGGAGCGCUCCACUACAGCGACGCCGUGGAGGUCAUCCAAGGGCUGACCCCGAUGCCCAGCGGGCGGGACGGCCUGAAGGCCAGCGUGAGCAGGGUGAAGUACAUCGGCAAAGGCACCCACACGGACUGCGCCAUCAAGAAGGGGAUCGAGGAGCUGCUCAUCGGGGGAUCCCACCAGAGGGAGAACAAGUACCUUAUUGUGGUGACGGACGGCCACCCCCUGGAAGGUUACAAGGAGCCCUGUGGCGGGCUGGAAGAUGCUGUCAAUGAAGCUAAGCACCUGGGCAUCAAGGUGUUCUCCGUGGCCAUCACACCUGAUCACCUGGAGGCCAGGCUGAGCAUCAUUGCCACAGACCACACAUACAGGAGGAACUUUACCGCGGCUGACUGGGAUCUCAACCGGGACUCGACUGAGCUGAUCAAGGAAACCAUUGACACCAUCAUCAAGAUGAUUAAAGACAAUGUGGAACAAGUGUGCUGUUCUUUUGAGUGCCAGCCUGCCCGAGGCCCUCCUGGGCCACGUGGUGACCCUGGACAUGAGGGAGAAAGAGGAAAGCCCGGGCUUCCUGGAGAGAAGGGAGAAGCUGGAGAGCCGGGAAGACAAGGUGAUCUUGGACCUGUGGGUUACCAAGGAAUGAAGGGAGAAAAAGGAACGCGGGGAGAAAAGGGCUCACGAGGACCUAAAGGUUACAAGGGUGAAAAGGGCAAGCGAGGCAUCGAUGGCAUCGACGGGCAGAAGGGUGAAACUGGAUACCCCGGCCUGCCAGGGUGCAAGGGAUCCCCAGGAUUCGACGGAGCCCAAGGACCUCCGGGGCCCAAGGGAGACCCAGGUUCUUUUGGCCCAAAAGGAGAAAAGGGCACGCCUGGAGAUGAUGGAGAGGCUGGAAGGCCCGGAAAUACUGGACCCCCAGGAGAAGAGGGCCAGCCCGGAGAACCAGGACCCCCCGGAGAGAAGGGGGAGCAAGGCGAUGAGGGAAAUCCUGGCCCCGACGGCCCUCCUGGAGAAAGGGGCGGCCCCGGAGAACGAGGACCACAAGGAACCCCGGGCACGCGGGGGCCACGGGGAGACCCAGGUGAGCCGGGGCCACAAGGUGACCAAGGCCGAGAAGGACCAGUGGGAGUCCCUGGAGACCCGGGGGAGGCCGGACCAGUCGGACCCAAGGGCUACCGAGGAGAUGAAGGUCCCCCAGGACUCGAGGGUCCCAGAGGAACUCCAGGUCUCACAGGGCCCCCCGGAGACCCUGGUCUGAUGGGUGAAAGGGGUGAAGAUGGGCCCCCCGGGAACGGGACAGAAGGCUUCCCUGGCUUUCCGGGAUACCCAGGAAACAGGGGCCCCCCUGGCAUAAAUGGCAGCAAAGGUUAUCCCGGGGUCAAGGGCGAUGAAGGCGAGGCUGGCGAUCCUGGCGAAGAUAACAACGACAUCUCGACCCCAGGCAUUAAGGGAGCCAAAGGUUACCGAGGCCCAGAAGGCCCCCCCGGACCCCCAGGACCCCCAGGGCCUCCAGGACCAGAUGAAUGCGAAAUAUUGGACAUCAUCAUGAAGAUGUGCUCUUGCUGUGAGUGUAAGUGCGGGCCCAUCGACAUCCUCUUUGUGCUGGACAGCUCGGAGAGCAUCGGGCUCCAGAACUUUGAGAUCGCCAAAGACUUCAUUGUCAAGGUCAUCGACAGGCUGAGCAGGGACGAGUUGGUGAAGUUUGAACCCGGGGAGUCCCACGCAGGCGUUGUCCAGUACAGCCAUAACCUAAUGCAGGAGCACGUGAGCCUGAGCGACAACAACAUCCAGAAUGCCCACGACCUGAAAGAGGCCGUGAAGAAACUGCAGUGGAUGGCCGGAGGCACCUUCACCGGGGAGGCCCUUCAGUACACCAGGAACAACCUGCUGCCCCCCACCCAGAACGAGCGUAUCGCCCUGGUCAUCACAGACGGGCGCUCGGACAUCGAGAGAGACACGACGCCCCUGACCGUGCUCUGUGGGGCCGAUGUCGUGGUGUUCUCCCUGGGCAUCAAGGAUCUCUUCGGGGGCACUGCCAGCACGGACCAGCUGAAUGAAAUCUCUUGCCAAGGCCAGACAGGCUCCCCAGGGAAAAGGACGGGCAUCUCCCUCGUCAAGGAGAAUUACGCCGAGCUCCUAGACGACAACUUCCUGAAAAACAUCACCACCCAAAUCUGCAUCGAUAAGAAGUGCCCAGACUACACGUGUCCGAUCCGGUUCACGGCCCCGGCGGACAUCAUGGUCCUGCUGGACAGCUCGGCCAGCGUGGGCAGACACAACUUCGAGACCACCAAGCGGUUCGUGAAGCGCCUGGCCGAGCGCUUCCUCACGGCCCAGAAGACCGACCCCUCCUACGACAUCCGCUUCUCGGCCGUCCAGUACAGCGGCCGCGACCAGCAGAGCCCGGACACGGGCUCCCUGCAGUUCCUCCAGAACUACACCGUGGUCUCCCGCAACAUCGACAGCAUGAGCUUCAUGAACGACGCCACCGACGUGAACGCCGCCCUCCGCUACGUGACCUCCUUCUACCGGCGAGCGUCCUCCGGGGACCGCACCAAGAAGGUCCUCCUCUUCACCGACGGGAACUCGCAGGGGGUCACCGAGAACGCCAUCGAGAAGGCGGCGCAGGAAGCCCAGAAGGCCGGCAUCGAGAUCUACGUGAUGGUGGUGGGCCGGCAGGUCAACGAGCCCAACAUCCGCGCCCUGCUCAAGGGGAGAAAUGCCCAGUACGAAGUGGCCUACGGCGAGCGCCAUCUCUUCCGCGUGCCCGACUACCAGUCCCUCCUCCAGGGAGUACUCUACCAAACAGUUUCCAGAAAGAUUUCCCUCCCCUGAGGGAGGAGGAGGGAGAACUUCUUAUGCCCAGGGGGCCGCCCUAUGGUCCUCUCCCACCCCCUCCUCUUCCCACCGACCCUUAGAAACAAAUAAAAUGUGAUUUGUGAUCUUCUCAGCCUCCCCGUGGACUUGGCUUAAAGAAGGAUAAAGAUCCGAAAAACGGAGCCCGAGUCUGCGCUUUGCACGUCUCCUGCAGCCGCUCACAGAGCCCCCUGCUUGUAGCCCCGCCCCCUGCCCCCCAGCCCCGCAUGCAAGCCCCCGGGGGACGCUUCCCUCCCUGUCCUUAGCCCGGCCAGCUCGGACAGCAACCUCCCUCCCGGGGAGCGCCGCUUUCACUGGCCUAAAGCCGCCGCGCGGGCGUCCCUGUGCUCUGCGGUCUCCCGGACUCUCAGUGUUCCUCGUGGGGGCAGUGAGGGCUUUGCCACCCCCCUGGCCCGCCCUUCCCCUCCACACCCCGGGGCUCGCACGGCCUCCCCGACCUCCACCACUCACGGGGCCCAGGAUGCUGAUCCAGGGAAGGGCAAUCAGGGCCUCCAGGGCUGGCAGCGCGUGUGGCCCGGGGAGUUCUGUCCGCUCCGGUGCUUCUCCGAGAGGUUCCCGCCCCGCGCCAGGGCUUCUUUUCUGUAAAGGCGCAGAACAGGCCCCGCUGAUGAGGAGCCACAUUAGGCUUAGGAACAAAGGUGCUAGUUUUCCUCUUGCUGUUUACAUGUCACGCCCGCCUCCCGCUGAUGGAAGCGGAGCAGGGCCAGCCACCAAUGCCCCGGGGCUCCUGCUGCCAGCGGGUUUCUCUUGUUCCCCAACUUGAAUAUGACAUUGCCCUAAAAACUCAUAUUUCAUCUUACCUUGUCCACAAAUGCCUUUUAUCUCUAGUUCAGAUGUUCUCCUUGUGUUCUGCUCCAUUGUGUCCACACAAUAAUUUGUCCAAAUAAAUGUUUUUCCACAA